AUGAGUCCGAACGAGCUCUGCUUCCCCAUAGUCUCCCAGGAAAGAGCUAGCUCUAACCAGCUUUCGACACGCUCUCGCGCCUAUCUCCAAUCUUCCUGUGCCUUCCCCGAGAAGGAUUUUAUCCUCCUCACCAAUCAAAUCAAAAGCGACCUUCGCCAGCCUUCCAACCUUGUUGGACUUGUGGGCCCCCAGAAAGGAAAAGAGUGUUUUGAAACCUGGUUAGUCGAUUACAUGAAUGCCGGAAUCGGGGCUGUAUACUGGUGUGCCGAUAAAGGGAGGAUUUGGGACUACUCGACUGAUGAGGGGAAAGAAAGUAUAAGAAUUCUCCUUCGUGCACUGGUUAAAUUAACCGGCCCAGAAUUGAGAAAGAAGGGACGCAGAAGUAGCAAUAUCGAAAACUCUACCUUCAUUAUCACACAGGGAACUCAGUUUUCAUCUACAGGACUAAAGGGCCUAAAUGAUAGUGAAGACAUCACCCAGGAAGUCCCCGCUCAGGAAGUCCUCCCCAAGAACAAGCAGCAGAGGAAGACUUGCCUCCCCGGCGCUUCUACAACCUUGAAUAAAGCCACUUACGUCCAGUCUAUCUGGGAUAAAAAUCCUCUCGAGGACAAUGCUGGUAACUUCGUUGGCGUGGACAGCAACGAUUUUGUGGCGGAUUACGUGUACGAAGUGAGGCCUUAUAUCUUCUAG